AUGGUUUCGUUGCCUACUUUAGCAAGAUCUACAGAAGGUGUCUUGCUAGCUAAUAGUGCCUUGCCUCAAAAGAACCGAGAUGAAAAGUUCCAUCAUGAGUUGUUUUGUGAAACACAAAUUGAUAAGUUUACUCUUAUUCCUCUAAAAAAUGGCGAUGGAUCGACUGAUAGCAAUCAAGGACCAGUGUCAAGCUUGUUGGAUAAAGUUGAUUCACCUGGAAUUAGAGAUGACGACGUUGUGCAAAAUGGAGAAAGGUUGAGCAAUGAAUUUGAUGAUCUUACGUUCAAGGCACCAGCAAGCACCGUUACGUGGGAUAGCCUUUUCAAAUUAAAUUUAGGGAGCCAGGAUGGACGAAACACAAAAGUAAUAGAGCCCUUAGACAGAUAUUUUGCAUCGGUCGAAAAAGAUAUCCUUUCUCGCCAACAAUUUGACAUGGAAUUCUUUAGCACUCAUGGUAGUGGAAAGAAAACAGCUGCAAAAAAUAGAAGCCUUUAUUUAGAAAACGAAUUAAAUAGUGAAGUCAACGAUGAAAUAAAUGUUAAGUCUACAAGGACCAAAGGAAAACAUACGCUAGAGCUCACAGUAGACCCAGCUUUAAGAGUCUCUGCGAGAGAUAGUUGCCAUGGRAACUCACAUCAUAUUCAAUAUGGUGACAUGUUUAGGGCUUUGCUACACAGGACGGAACCACAAAAUAAGGAAAAAUCCAAACUUAUUCAUGAUAACGCAAUUGCAGAACAAAAGCUGAAAGAAGCAAAUGUUAUUAUUGAAAGAUUAACAGAAAAAAUACAACGACGAAGACUAAUACUUAAAUGCAAAGAAGAUAGACAACUAAGUCUGGAAGAAAACAUCGAAUCUUUAAAAAWAGAAAGAGACGAGAAACAGGCCGAAUGCAUGAAUCUAAUUACACAAUUGAACGUUAUCAUCAACGAAAGGGGGAACAAAAUCGAUGAACUGGCCAUAAGGAAAAUAAAGGCUGAAGCAUCUUACCRUCAAGAGCUACAAAAUAAUAUAGAACUGAAAUCCAAAUUAGAAAGUAAAGAGAGACACAUAAAGGCAUUGAAAGAGAAGGUGGAAAAAGCAAGAAAGUGGAAAAAUGACAUUGCCUAAGCUAAACUAAAAGGAAAAAAAAAUUAGAACUAGAAGUAUGUUUUUUAAAAUAAUUCGAUCAUAACUUAUUGCGCCAAUCAAAUCCUUGCUUUAGGCUCACACGUCUAUGACUUUGCAUACCCAGUCUAUAUAUAAAGACUUGCAUGAAAUCCAUUACUAUGUUUGUUUUAAAGCCAUGCUCAUAAGAAAAAUAAA